UCUAGAGUCCCCUUUCCCUGUGCCACAUGGGUCCUUCGUCUCCUGCCAGGACCAUGCGACUUUGGGGGCCUCGGAGCCUGGGGGUGGCUCUGGGAGUCUUCAUGACCGUCGGAUUUGGCCUCCAGCUCUUGGGGGGGGCCUUCCAGAGGAGGUUACCCAGGCUGCAGCUCAGACAGUCCUGGGCCACCUCCCUGGGAUCAGCUGUUCCAUCCUGCCUACCCCGGCAGCGACUUGUGUUCCUGAAGACACAUAAAUCCGGGAGCAGCUCUGUGCUGAGCCUGCUUCAUCGCUACGGGGACCGGCAUGGGUUGCGCUUCGCCCUCCCCACCCGCUACCAGUUCGGCUACCCAAGGCUUUUCCGGGCCUCUCAGGUCAAAGGCUACCAUCCUCAGGGUGGGGGCACCCAGCCCCCCUUCCAUAUCCUCUGUCAUCACAUGAGAUUCAACCUGAAAGAGGUACUUCAGGUAAUGCCUUCUGAUAGUUUCUUCUUUUCCAUUGUUCGUGACCCAGCGGCUCUGGCCCGCUCUGCCUUCUCCUACUAUAAAUCCACUUCAUCAGCCUUCCGCAAGGCACCAUCUUUGGCUGCCUUCCUGGCCAACCCUCGAGCCUUCUACCGGCCUGGAGGUCGUGGGGACUACUAUGCUCGAAAUUUGCUAUGGUUUGACUUUGGCCUGCCCUUCCCUCCAGAGAAGAGGAUCAAGAGAGGGAAUCCCAAAGACCCUGACUCCCACCAGGGACAUGUUUUGCCUUCUGGCACUGGCCCUCGAGCCCAAAUCCUAGAUCCCAAUGCUCUCUUGCAGCCUGUUUCCACUGUUGCUGAUGGUCACAGCCAGGCAGUCAGCCCUACCUCUUUCAAUUUGGGGUCCUCAUCCUUCAUUCAGUGGGGCCUGGCCUGGCUGGACUCUGUUUUUGACCUGGUCAUGGUGGCUGAGUACUUUGACGAAUCACUGGUUCUGCUGGCAGAUGCCUUGUGCUGGGGUCUGGAUGAUGUGGUGGGUUUCAUGCACAAUGCUCAGGCUGGAGGUGAGCAGGGCCUCAGGGCUGCUGGCACUGGUGGACUAACUGCUGAGGAUCAGCAGCUGACGGCUCGGGCCAGAGCCUGGAACAACCUGGACUGGGCUCUCUAUGUUCACUUCAACCGCAGCCUCUGGGCACGGAUAGAACAAUAUGGCCAGAGACGACUGAAGCAUGCUGUGGCUGAGCUUCGGGCUCGUAGAGAGGCUAUGGCUAAACACUGCCUGCAGGGAGGUAAGGCUUUAGACCCCAAAUAUAUCACCAACAGUCAGUUCCGCCCCUUCCAGUAUGGGUCAGCUAAAGUUUUGGGCUAUGCACUUCGGAGUAGUUUGAGCCCUAAAGACCGGGAGGAUUGUGAACGCCUGGCUACCCCUGAGCUACAGUACAAGGACAAGCUGGAUGCUAAGCAGUUUCCCUCUCCAGUCUCAAUAUCCUUGAAGACUUCAAGGCUACUUUCCUCUAGGCAUCAAGCUACAGAUUAGGACACAUGUGAUGAGAGUGGGGCUGCCACAAGCAAUCUCUGCAUCCCUGGGAAAGGAUGGAACUUUACCUUGACGUAGACCCCAAGUUUUCUGACCUAUGCCUGGGAAACCCAACAGUGCCUCCCUCCCCUCUCCACUUCCCCAAGGCAGGUCCACGUAGCACUCUCCAAAGUCCCCGGGAGGAGUAAAAGAUGGAGAGAGCCACAGAAAAUUUAGGGCAUGGUGAGUUGAAAUGAUAGGUCCAUUUCUCUAGAAAACGUUAUUGGGUUAUGUUCACUUCGUUAUGAAAUGUUUGUUCAAUGAAUAAAUGAUAUGAAACUUC